AUGACUUCGAGGCAACCAUCAAACUCUGCUGGGAAUUCUCGAAAUGCAGAUGAACAAAGAAAACCUCCUCCCGGGUACCAUAAUAUUCGGGAUAUCCUUAAUGGAGCUGUCCCGAGUGGUAGGUUUGCCAAUGUUAUUGGUUUGGUGAAGGAUCGUAUGUCUGCAAUACAAACUAGAGGAGUUGAUUGGAAAUCUGUUCUUACAAUUUAUGACAAGUCCAUUGAAGACGAACCAGAUAAGGGCUUAGUUAUGAAUAUAUUUCGGCCUGAGUUGUCUGAAAUCCCCGAGCCAGAUGCCGGCGAUGUUAUAUUAAUAAUUUACGCCAAGGUCCAGUCCCGUUAUAAUGAAUUAUCAUUAUUAUCCCAUAGAUCGACUGUAAUUCAUAUGUACUCAGCAAGCAAGAUUCCUAUGCCACCAAAAUCAGCAAAACAGGCUUUACUAGAUCCUGUACGGCCUAAUGAUCGCCGUCCUACAGAUAAGGAGCAUGAAUAUGUUUCCUGGCUAUACCACUCUACCGAUAAGAGCGCUAUACCAAACGCUGCCGAGUUCACCAUUCAGGUUGACCAAUCUCGCAAUGUCAAGAAUAAAUUCAAACUCCUAAGUGACAUCCAGGAUUGUCAAUUCUGUGAUAUUAUAGUCAAUGUGAUCAAGGAACCCUUCGAUCAAAUCGGCAAAGCCACAUUGUGGGUUUCCGAUUACACUGAAAACGACGCUUUCUAUAAGUUCUCGUGGGACUCUACAGAUAUCUCCGAGGGCCGGGAUGGAGAUCCAUAUGGAUACACUACGAAAAACGUAAUGCCGAACACCUGGCCUGGUCCUUACGGGAAGCGCUCGUUACAAGUAACCUGCUUUGGUUUACAUGGGGAGUUCGUCCUCAACGAAGUUAAGGCUGGAGCUUGGGUGAAACUACGGAAUCUUCAAAUCAAGUAUGGGCGUAAUGCCAAUAAUCUCGAGGGAUAUUUGCGAGAAGACCGCAGCGGUUUCAAUCCAGGCGUUCUAGUUGAUAUCCUUUCUACCGAUGACCAAGAUAGUAUUGAUCAACGACUCAAGGAUGCCGUCAGGCGGAAAAGAGACUAUGAAAAGGCCAAGAAAAAACAGAUGAAGAGCUUUGCUGCAAAUGAGGGCGGCAAAGGAAACGGUGGCAAGCGAAAAGGAGAAAAUCAAGAGGAAAAGAAAAAUCCCUCGAAGAUGCGGCGUAUGGAGCAACGGGCUCAGAAGGCCAGAGGGAUUGAAGAGCAAGAGCCAGAACAAGAGGCAGGACUCGAUCUUAACGAAUCAAUUAAAUGCGAAAAUAUGGACCAACCAGUUUUCCCCGUUUCUUCCAUUCUAAAACCCGCACCUUGGACAACAACAGUAGACGGCCAAGAAACGACGUUAACACUUCCCUUUACUUGCGCCAAAUACCGAGCCAACGUUCGAGUUCUAGACUUUCGUCCUCGCAAGCUAGAAGACUUUGCGACUUGGCGCAAGAACACAGAGUUUGAUAUGCUAUCGGACCACAGCGGCGCUUCCGAUUCGGAAUCGGACGAAGACCAAGGCACCCUGGACCGAUAUAGGGGAGACAAAGUCUGGGAGUGGCGAUUCUCAUUGCUGCUCGAAGAGGCUAAUCCCAAGAAAAAAGGCGAGGACAACAGCCUCUGGGUCGUGAUUGACAAUACCGAGGCCCAGAUGUUAUUAAACCUCGACGCAGUAGACCUUCGAGCAAACCCCGACGAUCUAGAUACUCUACGAGAGCAGCUAUUCAAGCUCUGGGGAAACCUAGAAGAGUGCAAGCAGCAAGAGCUACAAAAUCUGCAGAAGAACAAGCAACGAGUUGCGGCUCAACAGCCACCAGAUAGCACGCCCCCCAGACCACCGAGCAGCCAUCCGACUCAAAACGUCGUUCAAGGAGACUCCGUGGUAUCCAACAAGCCGUUCACAUGCUGCAUUCGACAAUAUGGCGUUAAGCUCCCCGAGAGUGAUCCUAAAAAGGCAAAUGCCGGCAAGACGAAGCGUUGGGAAAGAGUGUUUGGUCUGUUUGGAACGAAGAUUAGCUAG